ACCCUGACCUUUUUCAACUCACACUGCCUCAGACGGCCACCAAGCAGCUGAGGAGAGAGCAGCCAGACGGACCCAUCAUGUCCGACAAACCAGAUUUUGCAGAAAUUGAAACAUUUGACAAGACCAAGCUGAAGAAGACAGAAACCAGAGAGAAAAAUCCACUACCCACUAAAGAAAUCGAUGGAGGAACACCCAGCUCUGCAGCCCCUCAAGCCCAGCUGGGCUUGGCCAGUGACUGA